GCGGAAUUAUACCAUGAAAAAACGGGUGGAAUUCCCCUUCACGUGUUGCUGUUCAGUAGGAAUAAAUGAGUAACUUGGGUCUGUUUAUGUAAGGCGUGCAGGUAUCGACACUUGGGGUUUUUUUGCGAGAAGUAUUCCGUUAAACGCGAAGAUUAAGUUAGCUUCUUUCCGCCAGCUUCUUAAUCCAAUUUCCCGUUCCACCUUAAAUGGUGCAGCAGUAACGUUCUGGCGCCUCGGCAGCACCAUGGCAUAGCUGUGCCAUUUAAGGUGGAACGGAAAAUUCGGAAAAGUUGAACAAUAGCAUUGAUUUGCGCAUGAAGUAGGAGUUAAUACUGCUACUCUAGGUUAAUCGUAUCGUACCAAGUUUCGAGUGUGUUCGUUGCUUAUUGAAAUAAAUCUGUUUUAGCGAUCCGUACACGUCUUAAAAUGGAGUCCCUGUAGUGGGACUGCUGUCCCCUAAACCGCAGAGAUGGCUUUAACCACACAGAUGGAGAGAAGCGUUUAACCUCGUGUUUACAUACGCUUUGCUUUGUGUGGAGAAGAAACACAGGACACGGGCCAAAGAUUUCACCUACUGAGCUGGAGACCUGAGGCAAUGAAGCAAGCUGAGCGUAGCUGAAAAAGUGCAUGAGAAAGAUGCAACACUGUUAAUUAAAAAAAAAUGGACUUUGUCAGCUGUUCAAUGCUCUACAGCUGUGCCUGAGCAAACAUGCUGGUGUUGAAGCUGUGCAACUUUUGUUUUACAACCAUUUCCCCCAGCAAAUUAACAGCUUAAUUUUAAAGACUGUUCCCUCCCUUGUUAGUCAUAUGUUGGCACCCAGUUUGAUCUUGAUGGAUCAUUUUGGCACCAACAUUACAGACCAGGAUGUCAAGCGAUGAACUAACAAAAAGGUCCAUGCGUGAUUAUCUAGACCAAAAUCCCAUGAUGGAAGAGACAAGCAUGCCAAACGACUCUUGGAGUGAACAAGAUGGUGCAGAGCCAGUUGGGAUUUCCAAAAAUUACUCUACUGAUCAUCCUAAGGUUCCAAGUCCACCUCCAGUAACAUCUCUUGGUGACCAAGGGGAAAAGCAAGGAGCUGAUAAGUCUCCUUGUGGUGCCAUCAGUGAUGAAGCAUCUAUGUCAAAUGAUAGUACUUCCACAGGUAAUCCAAAGGAAAGUAGGCGUAACAGUCAAGAUCUUGCCGGUUCGGAGAUGCACAAUGAAGAGUCUGGACCAGUAAGUGAGAAAAGUAUGCCUGCAGAUGAUGAUGAUGAUGAUGAUGAUGAUGACUCUGAUGACACCACAAAAAGUUUAUCGCCUACGAAUAUGUGUGAGCAGAAACCUUUGAGUGACUGCAAUUCUGAGGCGAGUGAUGCAGAUAUGAUGACGGAAAACCCACCCGAAAGAGAGAUUUCCUCUCCUCGUGGGCGCCCGCGCAAGGAAAAGCGAGUUAUAAAGUGUGAGUUCUGUGGCCGGCCAUUCAAUCAUGCCUCGGCAUACAUCAUCCACCGGCGUGUCCACACGGGUGAGAAGCCCUUCAGCUGUCAGGUCUGCAGCAGAGCCUUUGCUCAACUCUCCAACCUUAGGUCGCACAUGAAGGUCCAUAAUGUUCCUAGAGUUCUAAGCAUGCAACAUUCUGGCAAAUUCCAAAACAAAACCACUGUGGCUGAAAGUGUGACCCAGAACCAGCCGAUUGUGACAGCAAGUUUUCGAAAUGACGCCCACAUUAAAAGCAGUGGUCCUUUCCGCAGGAGCAGAAAGCCUGUAGCUUGUCCUAUCUGUGGAAAAAUAUUUCCCUAUAAAUCAGUGCUUAAAAUACAUCUACGGAUCCACAGUGGGGAGAAGCCGUACUCUUGCAGGGUGUGUGGUAAAUCAUUUACACAGGCGUGCACUGUUCGGGUACAUGAAAGGGUACACUGGUCCAUCAAACCUUUUCUGUGUUCCAAGUGUGGGAAGGGAUUUUCCCAAAUUGGGACGUUAAAGGCACAUACCUGUGCAGGUAAAAAGCAAAUUCAUGCUACUUUAAAAGAAAUGGAAUUGGCUGGUGUUGUUACCUUCCGAUGUCACCUGUGCAAAAAGUGCUUUAGCACUAGAGAUGAAUACGAUCCUCACUUGCAGACACAUUCUGAUAACCAGCGUUACAUCUGUGACAGCUGUGGCCAAAAGUACAGCCUACGUUCUGAGCUGGAGACCCACAAGAAAUACUGCUUUUCUAUGUGGCUCUCGAAGACCAAGACAUAUAGUCGUCAGUCUUUGGUCAAGUCUCAGGUGAAACAUACUCCAUCUACUAAAACAGUUCAAAGCUCAGAGCCUGAAAGUACACCUGUAAAAUCCCCAAAGCCGAGCUUGGCAGAUUUAUCCCCACCUAAAAGAUCUAAAACGCCUCAAUCUGACUUUUCCCAGCAACCAAAACGUAAAAAAUACAUUUCUUUGCUUACUUGCCCACCUAGGGUGAUGGCCACAUCUAUUUACGAUCCUCAAAAUAACUUCAGUCACUGUCAGCCUUUCAAAGCAAGUUACUUUGUUUCUCAGUUAAACAGUUUGGACCAGAAAUCUGACCCAAGGAAGUACUUGUGUCCACGGUGUGGACGGCUCUUCAGACACGUUGGACGUCUGAGAGCCCACAUGCUUACUCACUCCCGGGGCAAGAGUUUCACCUGUGGCGACUGCGGGAGGAUCUUUGAAAACUGGAGCAAGUUUUGGCACCACCAGCGUGUGCACAAGCAGAGACGAGGUCGCUUCUUUUGUCCCAGAUGUGGCCAGGGGUUUCGCUUUGCAAGCAUCUACAUGGAUCACUUGCAGCAGCAUCCAGAGCUCAAUGCAUUUUUCUGCCCAUUCUGUCCUCACACCUUUGCGGAUGCUAAAAGUUUGAAAAACCACCAGCAAGAGUGGCAUCGUUCAAGUAUGCCCCAUAUAUGUGACAUUUGUGGCAAAGGUUUCUCCAGUCCUGUCAUCCUUAAGCGACAUAGAGUGGCACACUGUUUUCGAAACAGGCAGCUGGACAAGCCUUACGUAGUUGAUGUGCAGCCCUUUGUGAAGCCAUACGAAUGUGGCAAGUGUGAUGCCAGUUUUAAGACAUUGGAUAUGCUUUUUGGUCAUCAGCUUUGUCACUCCCCUAACGGUGACCUAAAUGUAAGCUUGAGCAAUGGCAUCGGUGACAGACAUGACAAACUGAAGGAAGAGGAACACUCGCCACAAAAGCGCCAAGAAAACGAUCUCCACUUCAGUGCCUCUGCCUCUCACAUGGAUACCUCAGAUCCAUGUCAAGACAUCAGUGAGGGAAGUCCCUCUACACUCUCGACGGCUGCCCCCACAGAUGCAAUUAAAGCGCAACCACAGCAGGACCUUGACUCUAGUGUUUCCCAAAGUACCACAACUUUACAGCCUUCAUCAUCAGAUUCUGAGUCCAUACCUCUAGAAGCAGAAGAGGUGAAAGAGUCCAUGUGUACAUAUGGGACAACUCGGGGCACUAUUACAAAGCCCAGUGAUUCAACUCUAUGGUCCAAACCGGAGCAGAAAGCUGGGCACCUAGAGUGCACAGAAUGUGGUGCUACUUUUGCUGUUCUUCCAGCUUUGCAUAGACAUUACUUGGAACAUGCUAGGGGAGAAAUAUAAAUGUCAUUUCUAAAGUGAUGCCAUUACUAAAAUGCCUCUGGUCACACUUUGGACAUUUUCAAACACUAAGCAGAGGUUUUAUAUGGGAGGUACUUUGCACUGUAUGUGGAAUGUAUGGCUGAACUGUUUUGCUAUGACUUAAACAUGAGUAAUAAUGUUCUGAGUAAAGCACUAUUCAAACGGGAUUGAUAGGUUUACAUGGGAAGUUUUAGGUAUUCUAUGAAACAUUCUAUGAAAAUGACCCCUGGUUAUAUCAAUUUUUCUAUUAUAUAUCUAUGGCCAAGCAUUUACCUGUCUAUGCCCCAAGUGAAGCCGAUAUGUAUUCUGCCUCAAGUAUAUGACUUUGAACAGUAAAAUGUACAAUUGUGGUGUAGAAAAGGUGGAUUUUGUGUAGUGAUGCUGACUUUUGACUGUAAAUUUCCACACUAUUGUCAAUGCUAACUACACAUUUCAUUCACUUAAGCCAGAUAACCCAGAAUAUUCACUUGUCCUGACUUCUAAGUCUCUUGAAAUGUCCUUCACCAAACUGUCAGUUAGUUUGGGUUGUGAUGUCACAGCACAUGAGCGGUUGCUUCUUUGUUGGUCAGCUUAUGGUCAGCUUAUGUACAGGCAGUUCGCAAGCUCUGGUAUUGGGUUAAAGGUCCACACUUGCAACGUUAAAACGUAGGCAAAAAUGAAAAUGGCAGUUCUUCCGAUUUAUUGCACUCUGGCAUUGUGAUUUUUGUUUUAAAAACGCCAAAUCUGUUGGCUCUACCUGAUUGUCUUUCUUUUUUGAUCAAAUUGCUGGAACCAACAUUUUUCGCCACCACUUUUGGAGGUGUAGCACCACCCCUGGUUUGUGGUAAAUACAUUUCUGAUUAAAUGAGAUAUUUGGACAUGUUUUCUAAUUCUAAGCAGCUGAAUUUAUUUCGUGUGGACCUUGUUUUAGUGUGAUGCGCACAUCCUCUGUUCACCCUGAAAUGUAUUUUUAAGACUUCUUCUGUGAGUCGGUCAUAAACAUUACAGAAGUCCCUGAGGCCAAAGCUACAUUACCUGCUCAUGUUAAACUAAUCCCAUCUGAAUAGUGCUGUAGACCGGCAUCAUGUUAACAGUGUUAUCGAGUGAAGCAUAGGACCUUCCGCGAAGCAGUAGUUUCUAGGAUCUCAAGAAGUUUUAAUAAUAAACUGAAAAGGCAUUUUUCCGUUCCUACAACUUGCGAUGAUCUUUGCAAGACGUUGACAUUUUAACCUGGUAGUAGUAAGUGUACUUUGUAUUUUUUAGUUUUGUACAUGACAUUUUGUAAAAGGUUUUAAUUUAAGCAAUGUAUCUGUACCUUUUAUAUAUAGCACUUGUUUUUCCUGUAGUGCAUGUUAGGAAAAGAACCCCUAAUAAAGUUUUGUAGAACCUUUUA